CGCUGCCGGAAUCGACAAAAGCGUCCAGGUUCAUCCCCCCUUCACAUCUGCCCGCAUUAUCGUCUUCCUCAACGAUUCUCCCUUUCCCUAUCCGUCAUCAGUCCCAUACACUGUACUUUUUAUAUGUAAUUAUUGUUAUCUCCGCUCUCUUCUUUGGAUACUUCGGUUGCGCCGAUGGUGUCGUACUUCUUCCCGGUGAGAUUCGGAAGCCGCUGCUGCUCCGGCGGAUGCCGAUGUUGUUGCCGCCGCUGUCUCUGUUGAAACACAUUGGAGCUUGAGCGGUGAGAUCGAGUGAGUGUUUGUAGUUUUGGUUUAUUUGGCCUGAUUCGUAUGGAUUUUACUCAAUCGCAGUCGAGUAAUUUGUCGUUAGGGUUCUCGUCCCACUCGUCGACUCCUGCUCCGGCGAAGCGCAGCCAAUCGGCGGAGGACUCGAUCUGUUUUCAGAUUGAUUCGAAGUUUGGAGACCAUUCCAAUCCUCUUCCCUCUGUGCCGCUUCAAUUGAUGGAGCAGCAGACGAUGGAGGUGAAGGAGAAGGACGGUGGAGGGAGUGGGGAUGAGGGUGAGAUUCGGAUUUUGGGGCAUUCCAUGUGUUUGAAGCGGAAGAGGGACACUGAUUCGGCGUCUCCUUCAUCUAAUGGCGGUUUAAGGGUUCCAAUCUCAAGCGAACAGCAACAAAGCAUCGAAUCACGAAGGAAUUCUGUCAGUGCUUGGGGGAAACAGAGCCUUCGAUUAGCUGAUCCAGAUUUGUUCCAGAUAAUGGAGAACGAAAAACAGCGGCAGUGCAAGGGGAUUGAAUUGAUUGCUUCUGAGAAUUUUGUUUGCAAGGCAGUAAUGGAAGCAUUAGGAAGCCACUUGACAAAUAAAUACUCUGAAGGAAUGCCAGGAGCAAGGUAUUAUGGUGGGAAUCAAUUCAUUGAUGAGAUUGAGACACUCUGUUGUGAUCGUGCUCUGGUUGCUUUUGGACUUGAUCCUGAGAAUUGGGGUGUGAAUGUUCAGCCUUAUUUAUGUACAUCUGCAAAUUUUGCUGUAUAUACAGGUCUGUUAUUGCCUGGUGAUCGUAUAAUGGGGUUGGAUACACCUUCAGGUGGGAACACAAGUCACGGGUACUAUCUUCCGAAUGGGAGGAAAGUUUCAGGGGCAUCUAUUUUCUUUGAAAGUUUUCCUUAUAAGGUGAAUCCACAUACUGGAUAUGUGGAUUACAAUAAGCUUGAGGAAAGGGCUCUUGAUUUUCGCCCAAAGAUACUUAUAUGCGGUGGGAGUUCUUAUCCCCGAGAGUGGGAUUAUGCAAGAUUUAGACAGAUUGCAGACAAGUGUGGAGCAGUAUUGUUGUGUGAUAUGGCUCAAAUCAGUGGUCUCGUUGCUGCUAAGGUUUGUGAGAGCCCUUUUGAUUAUUGUGAUAUAGUUACAGCUACAACCCACAAGAGUCUUCGAGGUCCAAGAGGAGGCAUUAUCUUUUACAGGAAGGGUGCAAAACCAAGGAAGAAGGGCACAUGUUUGAAUCAAGUUGAUGGGUGUGAAAAGUAUGAUUUUGAGGAGAAAAUAAAUUUUGCGGUUUUCCCAGCAUUGCAAGGAGGUCCACACAACAACCACAUUGCCGCCCUUGCCCUAGCAUUGAAACAAGUAGCUACUCCUGAAUACAAGAUUUACAUGGAGCAAGUGAAGAAGAAUGCUCAAGCCCUAGGAAAUGCGCUGUUGAAAAGAAAUUGUAGAUUGGUCACUGGUGGGACCGACAAUCAUCUGAUAAUUUGGGAUCUAAGGAAUCUUGGUUUAAUAGUUAAGAACUACGAGAAGAUAUGUGAACUGUGUCACAUCACUCUCAACAAAGUCAUGCUCUUUGAUGACAAUGGAACUGUUACGCCCGGGGGCGUGAGAAUAGGAACAGCAGCAAUGACAACAAGAGGGUGUUUGGAGUCAGAUUUCGAGACAAUAGCCGAUAUCCUGCUGAAAGCUGCACAGAUAGCAAUCUGUGUACAGAGAGAACACGGCAAGCUCUCCAAGGCUUUCCUCAAGGGAACGGAGAACAACAAAGACGUCACAGAGCUUCGUGCACAGGUUGAGUGUUUUGCCUCCCAAUUUGCCAUGCCCGGCUUUGAUAUUUGAUGAUUCCACGGAAUUUCCAACUUUGGGUAUAUAUACAUUUAUAUAUAAAAGGUUAAGGUGUCCCUAGUAGUGUAAAUGCAAGUUAAUUUACUAGGAAAAGGAAGUGAAAGGAAGGAGGCUUUGGCUUCUUCAUGUUCAUCAUGGUCAGAGUCAUUUUGUAGAGAGCAUUUUUGGCAGCCAUGCUGCCAUUGUUACUCU